CCGCCGCGGCUGGCCGUGGGCACCAUGGGGACAGCUUCAUCUCUGGUGAGCCCUGCUGGCGGGGAGGUGAUCGAGGACACGUACGGAGCGGGCGGCGGCGAGGCCUGCGAGAUCCCGGUGGAGGUGAAGCCCAAGGCCCGCCUGCUGCGCAGCUCGUUCCGCAGGGGAGCGGGAGCCGGGCCCGGGUCGCUGCCUCGCGCGGCGGGCGGCGGCGGGCUGCUGGGAGCCAGCUUCAAGUCCACCGGCUCGUCAGUGCCUGAGCUGGAGUACGCGGCAGCCGAGUUCGAGCGCCUCAAGAAGGAGUAUGAGAUCUUCCGGGUCAGCAAGAACCAGGAGUUGCUGUCCAUGGGUCGCCGAGAGGCCAAGCUGGACACAGAGAACAAGAGGCUGCGGGCGGAGCUGCAGGCACUUCAGAAAACUUAUCAGAAGAUACUGCGGGAAAAAGAGGGGGCACUGGAAGCAAAAUACCAAGCCAUGGAGAGAGCAGUUACAUUUGAACACGACAGAGACAGAGUUAAAAGGCAAUUCAAGAUUUUUAGGGAGACCAAAGAAAAUGAAAUCCAGGACUUACUGAGGGCCAAGCGGGAACUGGAGAGCAAACUUCAAAGGCUGCAGGCUCAGGGUAUCCAAGUUUUCGACCCUGGAGAGUCUGAUUCUGAUGACAGCUGCACGGAUGUCACAGCUACUGGAACCCAAUGUGAAUACUGGGCCAGCAGAGCCUUGGGAAGCGAGCCUUCCAUAGGCAGCAUGAUCCAGCUUCAGCAGUCCUUCAGAGGCCCUGAGUUUGCCCACAGUUCUAUAGAUGUGGAAGGACCCUUCGCAAACAUCAACCGAGAUGACUGGGACACUGCCGUGGCUGGCUUAUUGCAGGUCACGCCCUUGUUCUCACGUUCCCUGUGGAGUCACUCUGUCAGAUGUUACCUCAUCUACACAGAUGAAACCCAGCCUGAAAUGGAACUUUUUGUGAAGGACCAUUCACCUAAACUUAAGAGAAUGUGCGAGACCAUGGGAUAUUUCUUCCAUGCCAUUUAUUUUCCAAUAGAUGUUGAAAACCAGUACCUCACCGUAAGAAAAUGGGAACUCGAGAAGAGUUCUUUAGUUGCUUUAUUCCUUCAUUCAACGUUACCAAGUUUUCUACUAGAAGACUGCGAAGAAGCCUUUCUGCAGAACCCAGAAGGAAAACCACGAUUAAUCUACCAUCGUUUGGAGGAUGGGGAAGUCAUUUCCGACUCCGUCCAGCAGUUCCUGGAUCAAGUUUCUAACCUAAGCAAGACCAACAAAGCCAAGAUCAUCCAUCACUCAGGAGAUCCUGCGGAGGGUGUGUAUAAAAUUUUCAUCAGCGUGGAAAAGAUUAUUAAACAGGACAUCCUCGGCCUUGAGAUCACAGACGUGGAGGUGAAGGAUGUAGGCAGUGAGGAUUCCACUCCAGAAGAGGACGAUUUGGGGGAUGUGCUGUGGGACAUACACGAUGAGCAAGAGCAGGUGGAAGCCUUUCAGCAGGCUUCUAACUCAGCCCAUGAACUGGGAUUCGAGAAGUAUUACCAGCGCCUGGAUGAUCUGGUGGUGGCACCAGCCCCAAUCCCACCCCUCCUGGUGUCUGGAGGACCAGGGUCUGGAAAGUCCCUUCUUUUAUCAAAGUGGAUUCAGCUGCAGCAGAAGCAUUUCCCUAACACGCUGAUCCUGUCUCAUUUUGUGGGGCGGCCCAUGUCAACCAGCUCAGAGCCCUCCUUGAUUAUCAAGCGGCUGACCCUGAAGCUGAUGCAGCACUUUUGGGCUGUUUCCGCUCUGACACUGGAUCCUGCUAAGCUUCUGGAAGAAUUUCCACACUGGCUGGAAAAGCUGUCUGCUCGGCAUCAGGGCAGCAUCAUCAUCAUCAUCGACUCCAUAGAUCAAGUUCAGCAAGUGGAGAAGCACAUGAAGUGGCUGAUAGACCCCCUGCCGGUGAAUGUCAGAGUCAUCGUCUCUGUGAAUGUGGAGAGCUGCCCAGCAGCGUGGAGGUUGUGGCCUACACUGCAUCUCGAUCCUUUAAGCCCUAAAGAUGCAAAAUCCAUAAUAGUUGCAGAAUGCAGCUCUGUAGACACGACGCUGAGCAGAGAGCAGGAGAAGCAGCUAGACCAACACUGCCGUUCCGCCACGACCUGCAAUGCCCUCUACGUCACCCUUUUCAGCAAAAUGAUGGCUUGUUAUGAUGCCGGGAGAGCAGGCAAUUUAGAUAAAACCCUUCAUCAGUGCCUGCAGUGUCAAGAUACAGUUUCCUUGUACAGACUCGUGCUCCGCUCCAUCCGGGAAGCCAUGCCAAGUGAUGUGGAUAAAGAGCUGAUGACGCAGAUUCUCUGCCUCAUCAACGUUAGUCACAAUGGUGUGAGUGAGUCGGAGCUGAUGGAGCUGUAUCCAGAGAUGUCCUGGGCCUCCUUGACCUCCAUUGUGCAUAGUUUACACAAAAUGUGUCUGCUGACUUACAGCUGUGGCUUGCUCAGAUUUCAGCAUCUGCAGGCCUGGGAAACAGUGAGGCUGGAGUACAUGGCAGACCCUACCCUCAUCUCUUCAUACAGGCAAAAGUUAAUCAACUAUUUCGCCUCCCAGCUCAGUCAGGACAGAGUGACCUGGAGAAGUGCAGACGAGCUCCCGUGGCUUUUCCUGCAGCAAGGAAGCAAGCAGAAGCUGCACGACUGCCUCCUCAAUCUCUUCGUGUCUCAGGACCUUUACAAAAGAGGACACUUUGCCGAGUUGCUGAGUUACUGGCAGUUUGUUGGCAAAGACAAAGGUGCCAUGGCGGCCGAGUACUUUGAGUCCCUGAAGCAGUAUGGGAACUGCGAAGGCGAGGAGAACAUGCUGUGCCUAGCUGACUUGUAUGAAACCCUUGGCCGGUUUCUAAAGGAUCUCGGCCUUCUCAGCCAGGCUGUGGUGCCCUUACAGAGGUCCCUAGAGAUUCGGGAGACCGCGUUAGAUCCCGACCACCCGAGAGUAGCCCAGUCCCUCCACCAACUGGCCAGUGUGUACGUCCAGUGGAAGAAGUUUGGGGAUGCAGAGCAGCUUUAUAAACAGGCCUUGGAGAUCUCGGAAAACGCUUACGGUGCUGACCAUCCCCAUGCUGCCCGAGAGCUUGAGGCACUCGCAGCCUUGUACCAUAAGCAAAAUAAAUAUGAACAAGCUGAACAUUUUAGGAAAAAAUCCGUUAUAAUCCGUCAGCAAGCCACAAGGAGAAAAGGCGGCCUGUACGGGUUUGCCCUGCUCCGCAGACGGGCUCUUCAGUUAGAAGAGCUCACGCUAGGCCAGGAGAAGCCUGAGAAUGCCCGAACCCUCAACGAACUGGGUGUCCUCUACUACCUUCAAAACAACCUCGAAACGGCAGAGCAGUUUCUGAAGCGUUCCUUGGAGAUGAGGGAGCGGCUUCUGGGGCCAGAUCACCCAGACUGUGCCCAGUCCCUGAAUAACUUGGCGGCUCUUUACAAUGAAAAGAAGCAGUAUGAUAAAGCCGAGGAGCUCUAUGAGCGAGCCCUGGACAUCCGCAGACAAGCCUUGGCGCCCGACCACCCUUCCCUGGCCUACACAGUGAAGCAUCUCGCUAUCUUGUAUAAGAAAACAGGAAGAGUUGACAAAGCUGUACCUUUGUAUGAACUGGCUGUUGAAAUUCGGCAGAAAUCCUUUGGCCCAAAGCACCCCAGUGUCGCUACUGCCUUGGUGAACUUGGCAGUCCUUCACAGCCAAAUGAAAAAGCACAGUGAAGCCCUGCCACUUUAUGAAAGAGCACUGAAGAUUUAUGAAGAUAGCUUGGGGCGGAUGCAUCCUCGGGUUGGAGAAACAUUAAAAAACUUAGCUGUGCUCAGCUAUGAAGAAGGGAAUUUUGAAAAGGCUGCUGAACUGUACAAAAGGGCAAUGGAGAUAAAAGAAGCAGAGGCAUCACUGUUGGGUGGAAAAGCUCCUUCAAGGCAGUCGUCAAGUGGGGACACAUUUAUCUUUAAAGCAACACAUUCACCUAAUAUUUUCCUUCCCCAAGGACAAAGGUAACAGCGCCAAUUUUUUGCAAGAAUACCUCAGGAUAAAACAGACAUCUGGAGCGUUUGAAUUCAAAACAGUAUUUUUAAAGAAAAUCAUUUUUCCUUCUUAGUGUUAUUUAACUGGUAUUUGUAUGAGGUUGUAUUGAAUUACAAUGAAUUAUUGUGUCCAGUUUAAUUGAUUAAAGAAUCCAUUUCCCAUGGGAUGAGAUCCAGGGUGUAGAAAUCAGCACUCUAAUGACUUGAGGAGUGGGUUGUCUCUGGACAAGAGCUGGCAGGAGCCGGGGUUUAGGAAUUCCAUGAUUAGCCCUGCCUGCCAGUCACUGGUGGUGUCCCCAGCAGGGCUCUGACCCUGUCCUCUACCUCAGACAAUGCCCAAGGGCUAAAGGGAUAUUUGUGAAAGAUCUGAACAGUCUUCAGAGAAACCAACUAGGUGGGAAUUCUUGUUUUUCUUUUUCUGGGUUUGUAUGUGAGAAUAUGAACACACAUGUACCUGUACAUGUGGAGAUAAGAGGUCAGCCUCGUUUUUUUUUUUGUUGUUGUUUUUUGUUUGUUUUUGUUUUUUGUUUUUGAGACAGUGUCUCAGUGACCUGGUGCUCACUCACUUAGCUAGGCAGACUGGCCUUCCUGCAUCCUGGUAACCUAACCACCUGUCUCUACCUCCCGAGACAGGAUUACAAGCCUCCAUCCCUAUGCCCAGCUUUCUAAAGGGGGUUCUGGUAUUGAACUUAGGUCCUUAUGCUCCCAUGGCAACGCUUCACCAACUGAGUAUCUCCCCAGCCUCUUACUGGGUGUGUGGGUCUGUGCAGCUCAGGUUGAUCAUCCCUCCUUGGCCUCCUGGGAUCUCAAGUGCAUGCCUGGCUUUGCUUUCCAGUCUUCCUUUCCGCUAAGCUGCUUUAGUCAGCCCUUGCUUUCUGCGUUUUCUCCAGGGAAGCUUAGCACUGUGCCGCACCGCGGUGUCUGAGCGCAACCACAGGCUCUGUACCACUCUGAUCUCACUGUGGCACAGGCCAGGCCCGACUCCCAGCUGCUCACAGGCCUCGGAGUUUUCAAGGACAGACAGAGCCAGCUUAGAGUGAGUUCAAGGUCAGCCAGGGCAACUUAGUAAGACCUUGCCACAAAAUAAAAAAGUAGAGCUGGGGACAUAGUGGUGGCAUGCAUCAGACCCUGAGUGUAGUCCUCAACACACAAAAA